AUGGUACCACCCUCUACUAACCAUGCUGAUGGUUCUCGCUUGACCAAGGAACCACCUGACCCAUUUUCGAAUGAUGCCCGAACCAGCAUUUAUGCACGCGAUGUUCUGGUGAGUUGUCCAACCAAAUAUCCUAAUCAUUCCUUCCUGAAUACUCACUUUGCCUUUUCUUUUCAGGUUCAGACCAGUUCUAGCAAUAUCAGUUCACCAAACUCGGCGAAUUCUUUUCGACGGAUCCCACACGAGAAGACAGCCGAUGUUCCCCCCAAGAAGUUGGAGCAAUCUCAAAGUUUUCCUCCAUUUUCCAAUUGGACCGACCAACUGGCAUAUCGACCUUCUUACCCGCAGAGAGGUCCUGUCGGUGGGCCAAGCACCGAGACUUAUGGCGCACAGUUCCAGCGCGAGCAGCAGGAAAUUGCGACAUUGAAGGAGGAGCUCAUUGCGGCUAACUCCCGACUUUCUCAGCAAGAGCAAGAGCUGACACAGUUCCGGGUGAUCAACCAUACUCUCGAAUACGCUUCAUCGGAGGCGGAAUUUGGGGGACGUGAAACAGACCAUCAAGCUCAACGUUCCAACGUCGUCGGUUCCCGUUUUCCAACCCCAUGGAACACACGAGAACCACAGCAACUUGCUGUAGGAGGACUAAUUCAGGGUCCAUUUGAUCGUUCUCGUGGACUUUGGGACCCAAACGGCCAUGAACCGCAGGCCAUGCAAGCAUUGGGGGUGCCCAACCACCAAAUUACGAAUUUUAUGAGUCAGGGUUCAGAUCGUUUUUGGGGUGGCUCAACAGGGCAUCCUUCUUCGGUCCCUCACAGGGUCUUCUCUGGUCCUUCGGCUGGGGCUUUUGGCUAUCAGCCCCCACAUCGGUAUGGUCCCCCUGUGGAGCAACGUCGCCCGACUGCUGUCCAGCAGAAUCAGUGGAGUGGAUUUGUUCCUAGAUCUAUGAGCGAGGCAGCUCCGGUUCCCCCCACCUCGCCCUCCAGCGGCUUCCACUCCACUGGAUCUCAAUCCAAUCCGACCUUUCCCGCACGCCAGCGUGAAUCAUCGGUUCUGUCUCCAACGGCUAACGAAUUCACAGUCACAGGACCUCAUCACGGACAAUCGUUGGUCAGUCGUAAUUCUUCGAACUAUGUUGCGUCAACCGAGCCGCUCAAUUAUCGCCUUCUUGGUGAGAAAAAUGUUAUGUUCGACUGGAACUACUUGGUUGAGAAGAUUGUGUGUAGCGAUGACCAACAAGCGUCUAUUUUCCUACAGAACAAGUUGAAGGUCUGUUCUGCUAACGAGAAACACGCAAUUGUCGACAGAAUUGCGGAAUCGGGAUAUAGUCUGAUGCUGAACCGAUUUGGCAAUUUCUUGAUUCAACGUUGUUUCGAACACGGUACCCCCGAACAAGUCUUGACUAUUGCUAAUUCAAUGCGAGGCAAAGUUCGCUUUUUGAGUAUGGAUGCAUUUGGCUGCCAUGUUGUUCAAAAGGCUCUUGACUGUGUGCCGGAGGAGCCGAAAGCGAUGCUGGUACAAGAGCUACUCCAAGGCAUUCCGGAAACAGUUAACCACAAAUACGCAUGCCAUGUCUGGCAGAAGCUCUUUGAGAUUCGAUGGACAUCCGAGGCACCACGUAUCAUGGGCCCUGUGAAUGAUGCUCUCCGUGGCAUUUGGCAUAACAUUGCGUGUGGCGAGACUGGAAGUCUUGUCGUACAAAACAUCUUUGAGAACUGUGUCGAUGAUGAUAAGCGGCUCGCAAUCGAAGAAAUUUUGAAGAACUUGAAAUCGGUCUCCCGUGGUCAAUACGGAAACUGGUGUAUCCAGCAUAUCUGUGAGCAUGGCGCUCCCCUUGACAAGAGCCGGGCCGUCGAGCACGUCCUUUUCCACGCCGUUGAAUACAGUAUGGAUCAAUACGCUUCAAAGAUUGUUGAGAAGUGCUUGAAGAUCGGAAAUCUCGAAUUUUUGGACCGCUACCUUGCGCGUCUUUGCAUCAGCCAGGCUGGGCGGCCUCGAAUUCCGUUGAUUGACGUCGCUAGCGACCAGUAUGGCAACUACCUGAUCCAGUGGAUUCUUCAACAUUCCUCAAAGAGCCAUGUUGAUCUCGUUUCGGUUCACAUUCAGAAGCAUAUGGUAUCUCUUCGAGGUUCCAAAUACGGAUCACGUGUCGCAAUGGCGUGUUCUAACCCUAACCACUCUACGCGGCCAGGACCUGGAACUGGCUCACACCGAUUCAACGGUAACUUCAACAAUGAGGACCGCUUUUCUCGAGGGCGUUACGGCGGCCGUCAGUGGGGUGGCAACUAUCGUUAA